CGCGCGCAGGUGUGAGGGGCGGCGACAUCUGUGGGGUUCACAGCGUCCGUCAGUCACCGACGGGCUCCGGCUUCACGUGGGCUCUCGGCCUGUGGAGUCCUCACUUUGCGGUGGUCGGUGUAGUGUCAGCGUGGGGCUUGUCACCGGGAGCGGGGUCCACAGCGCCCACCCUCAGGCCUUUCCAUCCCUCACCUCCCGACUCGAGGCCUCCAGGCUUCUGUGAGGGCCAAUUUGGCCAUUUAUUUUUUCCAAAAACAGUAACGCAGAUAAUUCAAGUGACUUAUUCCCAAUUGAUCCAGGCAGAGCUCGUUUCUGAUAAGGCCAGAGGGUCCUCAACGACUUCUGUGGCCCGGGUCCGUUUUGGUUUGCCUCGCCCCCAAGGCUGGGAGAAACCGGCCUAUGGCAGCUCUUGCCCCUCCAAGGACCCAGCUGUCCCCUUUAAAGUGGCACGAUCUUGGCUCACUGCAACCUCUGCCUCCUGGGUUCAAGCGAUCCUUGUGCCACAGCCUCCUGAGUAGCUGGGAUUACGGGUGUGUGCCACCGCACCUGGCUAAUUUUUUUUUUUUUUGAGACGGAGUCUCACUCUGUCGCCCAGGCUGGAGUACAGUGGGGCGAUCUCGGCUCACUGCAACCUCCGCCUCAUGGGUUCAAGGAAUUCUACUGUCUCAGCCUCCCGAGUAGCUGGGAUUACAGAUUUCUCAAGGGGAAGAUAAAAUGACUAAGAGGAAGAAGCUGCGGACCUCAGGAGAGGGACUCUGUCCUCCAAAACCCCUAAAGAACCCAAGGCUAGGAGACUCUGAUGGGGACCCCCAGAGUUCCAUGUUGGGCUGUUUACAUCACCCUGAGGAGCCAGAGGGCAAACUGGGACCUGUUCCCUCUAGACAGCAGCACCGGGAGGAACCAGGAAAGGCCGUCUCCAGCUCCCCUGAUGAGGAAACAGGAUCUCCCUGCCGGCUCCUCCGUCAACCAGAAAAGGAGCCAUCUCCCCUUCCUCCUUCCCAGAACUCAGUUGGGAGGUUUGUUCCCCAGUUUGUAAAAUCCAGGAAGACAGUGGCAAGAAAAGAAGAGAUGAAGGAUGAGGACCGUGGGAGUGGGGCCUUUAGCCUGGAAGCACUCCCAGAGUCCAGCGCCCAGAGUCCAGGAUGCCAGCUGCUAGUGGAGACCCUGGGGGUCCCCCUCCAGGAGGCCACGGAGCCGGGGGACCCAACGCAGGCAGACAGUGCCCACCCUGAGCAGAGCAGCCAGAGCCCUGUGCAGGCGGUGCCCAGCAGUGGGGAUUCUCAGCCUGAUGACCCUCCAGACAGGGGGACGGGGUUGUCCGCCUCACAGAGGGCCAGCCAAGACCACCUGUCAGAACAAUGGGCUGACGACGACAGCAAGCCUGAGACAGACAGGGUUCCAGGUGAUCAUGGCCAAAAGGAAUACCUACCAAGCAGUGAUUCUGAAGGGGAGAAGCCAGACAGAGGAGCCCCCCAGGAGGGAGGGGCCCAAAGGACAGCAGGGGCUGGCGUGCCUGGAGGGCCCCAGGAGGAGGGAGAUGGUGUCCCCUGUACCCCAGCAUCAGCUCCUACCUCUGGCCCUGCUCCAGGACUGGGCCCUGCCUCUUGGUGCCUGGAACCCGGGUCUAUGGCCCAGGGCUCCCCUCACCCCCAGCAGACCCCCAGCAGGAUGGGUAGGGAAGGGGAAGGGACUCAUAAGGAAGGGGAGAGCCUGGGAUGCUCCUCCCUCGGGAUGGUUGUCAUCACAGACCUGAGCACAGACCCCACUGAGCUGGAAGAGAGGGCUCUGGAAGUGGCUGGGCCCGAUGGGCAGGCCAGUGCCAUAUCACCUGCCUCUCCCAAAAGGAAGGCCACUGAUGGAGGCCACAGGAGGGCCUUGCCAGGCUGCACCUCGCUCACUGGGGAAACCACAGGAGAAAGCGGGGAGGCAGGGCAGGAUGGCAAGCCCCCCGGCGAUGUCCUAGUGGGCCCUACAGCCUCCCUGGCUCUGGCACCUGGGAGCGGAGAGUCCAUGAUGGGUGCUGGAGAUUCCGGUCAUGCAUCCCCGGACACAGGUCCAUGUGUCAAUCAGAAGCAGGAGCCAGGCCCUGCUCAAGAGGCAGCUGAGUUAGGUGGCCAGAACCUCGAACGAGACCUCGAGGGGCUCCGUGUGUCCCCGCAAGCCUCUGUUCUGCUGGAACACAGAGAAACAGCAGACGGCCCUCUCCAGGAGCCCAGGGCUCAGCAGGGCAUUCCAGACACCACCUCAGACCUGGCAGGGCAGCGAGACCACCUGCCUCAUUCUGCAGACCACGGCACCUGUGCAGACUCUUUAGCUGUGGAACUCGACUUCCUGCUGGACAGCCAGAUACAGGAUGCCCUGGACGCCUCUGACUUCGAAGCCCCACCUGAGCAGCUCUUUCCUUCGGGGAACAAGCCGGGCCCUUGCUGGCUGGGCCCCAGCUCACCUGCCAAUGGAGACCCUGUUGCAGUGGCCAAGGCCCAGCCGAGGACUUUCGUGGGGAUCCAGGCCUCUGAGGCCUCCUGGAUGGAGGACGCCACCAACGUCGUGCGUGGCCUCAUCGUUGAGCUCUCCAACCUGAACCGACUGAUCAUGGGCACCCACCGGGACCUGGAAACUUUCAAGCGCCUCAACUACCGGAAGACAAAGCCGGGAGGCAAAGCCCCCCUGCCUUACCCUUCCAAGGGGCCUGGGAAUGUCCCUCGAGGGGACCCACCCUGGAGGGAGUUGUAGGCCACUUUGAGGUCUGUGUUUCCUUUGCCACCCAGCCCGCAUGUCUGCAGACCUCCUCCAAGAUGCUCCAGGGGGUCCUAGUGGACCCUACAAACCUCCCUUCAGUUGCCCGGAAGUUGGUCUUCGAUGGACAACACAAAGGAGGCCCUGAGGUCCUGGCCUCACCUGGCCAGGGUCAAGGUCAGUUGCCUCCCUUGGCUUCAGGGAGAGAAACUGUGUCUCCCACAGCCCCAGUGACUUCAAGCGGGCCUGGGCUCCAGGAAGCUGGCCACCUCCGAGCAGGGCCCAUCCUGUCCGGAUUUGCAAAUUUUAGGGUCCUGAGCCAAGUAUGGAUGGUUCAGAAUUUGUUUCUUUCCUGGAGGAGAAGAGAGCUCCCUUUGUUUUCUUUCUCCCCAUUUCCAUUUUAUUUCUUCUGGGAAGACCCAUAAUAAAUGAUUCUGUA